AUGACUAUUCCACCAAAGUGGUACCAGUUCCUUGUCGGCCUGUUCGCGUCGAUAGGGUCUUUCAAUUACGGUUAUGAUUUGGGUAUUAUUGCUCAGGUUGUGGCUUCAGAUUCCUUCGUUGCAAAAUUCAGCCCUUCAGAUAAUGAGAAAGGUCUUGUAGUAUCGCUGUUCACUGCAGGAGCUUUCUGCGGUUCGUUUUUCGCAGGUUACCUCGGUGACUGGGUUGGCCGUCGUGGAACUAUUUCCAUUGCUACUGCAACAUUUAUUCUCGGAGGUGGUCUUCAAGCUGGUGGUCAGAACAUUGGAUUCCUCCAAGCUGGACGUUUCGUUGCCGGUAUUGGUGUCGGUGUUCUUUGCAUGAUUAUCCCGCUGUACCAGGCCGAGUUGGCGCACCCUACAAUUCGUGGUCGUAUCACUGCUCUCCAGCAGUUCAUGUUGGGUAUCGGUGCCCUCUGCGCUUCCUGGAUCGGUUUCGGCGCCUACAAGGGCUUUGCUCCCACUGACGACAACCAAUGGCGUGUCCCUCUCGCAAUUCAGUGUGUCCCGGCAGCUAUCCUUGGUCUCCUCAUCUUCUUGUUCCCUGAAUCACCACGUUGGCUCAUCGACAACGGCCAGGUUAACCUUGGUCUUAAGACCCUCGCAAAGCUCCACGCCCAUGGAAACGAGGAUGACCCGUGGGUCCGUGCCGAGUUCGAGCAGAUCCAGGACCAGAUCACCCACGAACAUGAGCACAGCGCAAAGACCUGGGGAGAGCUUUUCAAGAACAAGUCCAACUUCAGGAGAAUUUUCUUGUGUGUGGCUCUGCAGUCGUCGAUCCAGUUGACCGGUGUCAGUGCAAUCCAGUACUAUUCACCAGAUAUCUUCAAACAGAUUGGUGUCAGCACCGAGAGGACAUUGCUCUACCAGGCUUGUAACUCUAUAAUUGCGCUUGUGGGUCAGUUCUUGUGUAUCUUGUUCAUUGACCACUUUGGUCGUCGUUGGCCGUUGAUCUUUGGGAACUUGGGCAAUUGUGUCACCUUCAUCGUUGGAGCUAUUCUUCUGGCGUUGUUCCCACCUGGCAAAGAUAACCCGAUGAGCGCCCAGAUCGGAUUUAUUGCUACCACAUGGAUUUACAACUUCUCGUUCAGUGCCACCUGCGGUCCGCUUUCUUGGAUUAUCCCCUCCGAAGUGUUCAACACGGCUACCAGAUCUCGCGGUGUGUCGUUGGCUACCAUGAUGAGUUUUGCCAUGAACACCAUGAUCGGACAGGUCACCCCUAUUGCUAUGACAAAUAUUGGUUGGAAAUACUACAUUCUCUUCAUUGUCUGCAAUUUCACCAACGCUAUCUUCUUCUGGGCCCUUCUUCCUGAGACCGCAAAGGUUCCCCUGGAGGCUAUGGAUAAUCUGUGGGAGAAUGCACCCUGGUUUGUGCCUACGAUGGAGUCCAAGGACUACCUUGGCGAUCUCCGCGAGAGGGAGCUGGAGAUUGACAACAAGCAAGCCAUCAAUAUUGACCAUAAGGAGUAA